UCAAGUGUGUAAUCACCAAUUUGAUUACAUGUACAUAUAAAACUUCAGGUUCUUCGUUUAUAAAACACAGUUUCAGAUUACUUUUGAGUCGUUCGUUGAUUAAAAGAUUGAAACUUUAAGUACUUAACUAAAUUGAAUACUUAGUGCAUUAAACAUAUUCAUAUACUUGUAAAAUGGAUAACAACAACAGGAACAAUAAUCGUGAGGAGAAUAGUGGACUGAAUCCCUGGGCAAUUGCAGCGGGUGUGGGGUUGGCUGGUGCACUGGUGGGUGGAAUAUCAUAUCUGAUGAGUGGCUCAGAGGAGCGCAGACCACCACCCCAUAGUGUUGAGGAGAGAAUGUUAAGGAACACGCCCAGUGCCAGUAGGCCUGCCAACAACUCCGACGAUAAUAACGUAUCUUCAUACCUUUCUGGUUUGUUAGGAAGGAUGGCUACGUCACGCGGGAACCCUAACGUUGCGAUUACCAUGGAAGAGAGCCAUCACAUUCCUGAAAACCCAGUGAUUACGAAUCUUAAUUCGUUACUGUCCGACAUUCAUGUGAGGUUCAUAAAGUUGACUGACUUCGACACCCACUACAGAGUGUUUGACACGAUAUUCCAAGCUGUGCACAAGAAGAUGAAGGAAGUCGACCCUUACUACCAGAAGUAUUCAAGCACGGUUCAGUGUUGCGGCAGUCAUUUUGAUAAUUUACGUAUCGAUAAACCUGACGAAUUUGACAUGGACAUAGUAAUCGGCUUACCUGUUAAUAUUAAGGUUGAUCCCUUCAAUCCUGACAAUAGUGACAUCAUUUUAGAGGCUAAGUCCCCGGGAUACGUCCAGCUCAAGAUGGGGGUUCAGUUCCAAAAACUACCAAUGAGGGACAGGGAAGAGUGGUUGAUCAACAAAACUGCGUAUGAAUGGAAAGAUGAUGCCAACUAUCUCCUGCGAUCAAAGUUCUGUGAUUGGUUCAAGGGUGUCGUGAACAAAGCUUUGAAUAAAUUUGAAGUUAGUAGUAAUGGACGUCCCGUGUACUACGUGGAAGGAGUGCCGUAUGUCAUUGACAAGUCGGAGUCCGGGCCGGCAAUGACGCUUUUGAUUAGCAACAACUCUAGAAACUUCAAGUUGGAUGUAGAUCUGGUGCCGUGCUUCAAGUUCCCGGAGAGCCGAUGGCCAAUCAGCAAGUCUUACCGUGACAUCCCACAGCGUUGUAAGAAGGACUACUGGAUGGUGGUCGGCAAGCCGAACAAGGGCUCGCCGUGUGCGUACGACCAGUCUCGGUCGUGGCGCAUAGCUCUGCACAAUCAGGAGCGCGAGUUGAUGUACAAUUCAUACAACUUGCGACAAGCUAUUCGACUGAUAAAAAAAUUGCGAGACUCGUUAGAAAUGAAGAAAAUAGCGAGUUACUAUAUAAAAACUAUAUUCUACUGGGAAGUAAUGGAGAUCAACAAUCCGGAAUAUUGGCAGAGGAACAGCCCAGCGACUUUGUUCAAGCAUAUGGUAGGGAAAUUGCAUCAGGCUUUGGUGGCGAAAAACAUACCUUAUUUCUGGAAUAAGCAUAACAACCUGAUUGGUACAGUACCACCUCAGAUUCUGGCUAACUACGAGGCCAAAUUGAGGCCCUUGUUGGCAAUAUUGGAGCAACCAUCACAAUACAAGCUGGUGGCCAAAUAUUUGUUGACACCGGAAGAAUUCUAUGAUUAUAACAAAAAGUUCCUACACAUUUAAUUUACCUACCAUACCUAUUUGUAUUACUUUAAACUUAAAGUUACACUAAUUGUGUAAAAUUAAAAUCUUCUCUUUAAUGUUAUUUUAAAGAGGAUACAAAAAAAAAGAAUAUACCUAUAAAACCUCGUAAAAAAAAUUUAAAAUACUAUAUCGAUCUUUAUCUACAUAUAUUUAUUAAUGAAUUUAAUGAUUGAUCAUCAGUAGGUGCUUUAUUUACCUAGAUCUGAAACAGACUCUCAGUUUAUUUUCAUUUUAAUGGUAGUUAGGUGCCUACUUAUAAAUUAAGUUUAAAAAGACUUAUACGUUAUUAUAACCUAGUGAUAAAAUCUAGUAUAUUUUUUUAUUUUAACUUGAAAUGUAUUUAGUUAUAUACAUAUAACGCUCACCUAAUAAUAUAUUGGUACAUCUGCAAAAAAUGUGAAAUUGACUUUAUAUGGUUUACGGGUUUAAAAGUGCAUAUUAAUCUAUUGUAAUUUCCCUACUCACGCACGUAAAACAACGGUUCAUUGGUCAGAAACUAAAAACUAAACAAGUCAGGUAAAUUAUGAAAACCGUAAAUGUGCCAAUAUAUAACUAGGUGUGCGAUAUAAUUAUAAUGUUAAUCAAUCAAGUUGCAUUUAGAUUGAAGUACUGUACUGUACUGCCUGAGACAAUUAAAUCAUUCCCAUGAAUUGGUUGACUGUACCUACCAAUGUAAGUUUUAUUUUAGACAGUUGUUUUUAAUAACGGCAGACAGCAGUUGUUUAUUGUAGUAUUUUAUUUUAUUUUUAUUGAAUAUUAAAUAUACCUAUUUUAAGUGGCUA